AUGGUCCUCCCGAAAGUCCUUGCCGCCUCGCUCUCCGCAACAACAAACCCGAGCGUUGACGACCCGAUCCUCAGAUGCUUCAACGGCGACCUUGAGACACUCAGAGACACGUUGAUCAACAACACAGAUGAGGCUCUUCGUCUUGCAGACGCGAAGCUACGCGUUUUCCCCUUUAAAAAUGUGGAGAUCUGCUGGCGGAGGCUCUACACUGACGCCAGCAUCGUCAAGGCCUGCCUGAGCAUUUGCGAUAAUCUGGGCGUCUUGCGGAAUGGCCAUGGGCUGACAGGCACUUAUCUUUUGACCCGGCUGCUUCACGCACUCAAUAACUUGCCCGAGAAUGUACUGAGGGUCAACCCCAGCGCCGCAUGGCUGUCACCAGCCGUCCAUCUCCUCGACAGAGCACUGAUCAUGACCGGGGCACCGCUGCGAGAGGGGCUUGUCGAAUCCAUCUUCGCUGCUCUACAAGAAGCCACGCACAUCUCUAACACCAGCUCUGACCGUGAAGAGAGAACAACCCCCCCAGACGGACUCGACACCCCGCCGCACUCGCCUUCGCGCGCGUCGAAACGCCGGAAGCUCUCACCUCCGCUCUUCCCUCCCGACGGUAUCCCGGCGCCGAACGUAAAGUACCCGAUCAAACGAGUAUCCGACCCGAGCUUUGACUACAUGGAGGAACAUAUACAGGACGUCAAGACGCCGUUGGUGAUCACGGACGCGGUGGGCCACUGGCCAGCGCUGUCCACGCGGCCGUGGUCCUCUCGCGACUACUGGCUCGAUCGGACAUUCGGCGGGCGCAGGCUGGUUCCCGUGGAGGUGGGCAGGUCAUACACGGAUGAGGGAUGGGGCCAGCAGAUUAUGGAGUUCAAGGACUUUAUCGACAAGUAUAUCUGGAGGGAAUACUCGCCGAAAUCGAAGACCGAGGGCGGCGAGGGAGAGGAAGGUAGUGCAGAUCAAACGGGAUAUCUAGCGCAGCAUGACCUCCUCGCUCAGAUUCCUGCUCUGCGGAAGGAUAUAUCCAUCCCUGACUUUUGUUACAUCGACCCCCCGCCCCCGGAGCCUGGUACUCCCGUGUAUCUGAAGCAACUCCAGGAACGCGAAGAAGCGGACCUUCGCAAGAAGACCUCCGAGAGGGACCAGAACACCGGCGCCGAAAACACCAGUUCCUCACCAGGCAUCACACCCCCGAGCGAUCCUCUAAUAAACACUUGGAUCGGGCCCUCUUGGACAAUCUCGCCCCUCCACCACGACCCCUACCACAACAUCCUCGUUCAAGUCAUAGGAACCAAAUACAUCCGGCUAUACUCGCCCCACACUCCUGCAACGCAAAUUCACCCGCGUGGUAUGGAAGCCGUCACUUCUGAGAGGAGAAGCAGUCACCCAGGCCUCGUGCAGGAUUCUGCUACUCCGACGACACCGAAAAUAGACAUGUCGAAUACGUCGCAAGUCGAUCUCGCUGCAAUUGAGCUUUCGCCUGCGGAGUCCGAGCACUGGGAGUCGAUGUGGCCCGGGUUUCAGGACGCAGAGUAUGUUGAGACGGUUCUGAGAGAGGGCGAGUGUCUGUAUAUCCCUGUUGGGUGGUGGCAUUAUGUGAGGGGAUUGAAAGCGGGCAUUAGUGUUAGUUUCUGGUGGUAG